GGCGGCUUAGCAGUUAAAAAUGGCGGCUGCUCUUGCGAGACAUGUGUCUGCUCGCGCGAUAUUAAGUUCAAUUUCAAAGUCAUGUAUCCUAUCUUUGAAAGCUCAAAACUUGCGACAUUUGUACGGCGCGGCGGUGCUGGGUUUAGACAAGUACUUGGAACAGAGAGAGAAAAUGAAACAUCAAUUUGGCGACGCCAAAGAGAAGUUUUUCCAGCGAAUCAGUCAGUACUUCAACACCGACACUCCAGGGAUGGUGUUUACGGAAGACCUCAAGCACGUUGCCUACUUAUGCGAAGACAAGGACUCUGACAUUGAAUUGGUGGUCAAGAUGAUGAAGAGGUUCAACCAGCAGAACAAGGAACUGCGCUUUGGAACAUUCGUCUUCGGACCUGUGGCCCUCCGCCUGUUUUACCACUUGAAAAAACCAGAUAUCGUUUUACAACUGUUCAAAGACCAGGAGCUGGAUGGCUUCUUUGACCAGUUCUCAUCGUACCAGAUCGCCAUGGACCUCCUGUUUAAGGAGCAGCGCUAUCAGGACGUUGUGGACAUCUUCAACAGCAUGCAACAGAAGCAGCUGUAUGGAACCAAGUACCCACGCGAAUGCGUCGUCCUUGCCCUAGGAGCCUGCUACAAGUUGAACACUCGUGAGUCGUACGAGUAUGCGCUCAAGCUUAUUCAGGAUGCCCGGUCUGUGGGAGCUCUGGUGUUACGCAAGGGCCUGGCCUUUGCUGCUAUGCUGGCUGUCAAUCAUAAUGAGCCUAAGGUUGCCAUGGAGCUGCUGGCUCUGUCAGCACAGCUCUCUUACAUCACAGUCCGCAACAUCCGAAUGAUGGCACUAGCAGACCUGGACAGAGUGGACGACGUCUUUCUGACUCUACGGUCUGUCAUCCACCAAGACGUGCCCGUGCAGUCACGGACAGAGCAGCAAGUUUGCCAAGAAACGGUGGACAAAGUCGACGAGUGCCUGGCCCGGUUAGGUGACAAGGAGAAGACGCACAUCUUCGAACAGAUGAAGCGGGCACUGCGUGAAAACAACCACCUUUGCCAGCAGUCUCUCGACGAGCUUCUCUGCCAGCCAUUGCUCACGCGGCUACCACCUAAGGACCGGGAUGUGGACCGCACUGCAGGUUCCGGAAUAGGAGGGACGUACACGUCUGGAUACCGUGCUCCAAUGAAGGGAGCUUCAGGUGUCCGCUACCCAGUUCGACAUCGGCAAGGACUGGGAGAUGUCGACGAUUAGUCGUCACCACAUCUGCGCUAGAAAUGUUUAGCUUCGAUUUGCCCCCAGGAGACUUCUUCCCAUUUGUCUCUGUGCCUAGUGGCUUCAGAGAAAGGGCCAACUUUCAUAGAUUCUGAAUUGCUUCAAUCGUGAAGUUGGCAAUGCAUCAGUGUCAUUCCCUCUCGAAUAUACAUGCUUGGAAAAAUACAUGUACAGCUUGCUUGUGCAUCAAUCUGAUGGCACGACAGACUAUAAUUAAACAUUAAUGACUGAUCUAUGAAUGAGUGUUCGUAGUCGUUAAUUGCGUCUGUAUAGCUGGCGCGACACACUAUCAGCAUGCGUUGAUGCAUUGCACAGGCAUAUUCUCUAGCACUGCUUCGUGGCUGCAUCGUAUUGUAACCUUUGCAAACAGCUGAUGAACAGGCAAAGUUAUUAAACUGCGGGAAUUCAUCAGCUGCUACUCUUCGGAAUUUUUCUGGCUUAGGAAGUUGUAUAAAGCAAUUCCAGGGACAUUUUUAUACAACUGUAGCUGCAUAACAUGGCAAUUUUCCAAUUCAGAAAGUGUUCAAUACUAAUUUUAGAAACUGCAGUAUUUAUCUUCACCCUCAGUUUUGCUCUUUUGCAUUGAAGCUGCCAUGAACUCGUUGAAUGUUUGAGCUAGGGAGAGGUGUAAUAAGACGUGGACAACAAUCAGUGCUUUGACUGUGAAGCUUUUGUAUGUGUAGUUGUGCUGUCGAGACCACACAAGCCAUGCACCGACACGGCCGUCCUCAUUGUCUGUAGAAAUUCUGUACACAGAAUGUAAAAAGCUUGGGCAUAGAUAGUCAUAAAGUGGACGAAUAAAGUGAUUGCUCAGAUA